AUGUCCACUGAAAGCUCACUCUUAGAACAUCCUUAUAACUAUACUCCCACUGAGUAUAUUACCAUCCUAUUUCUUGUCUUGUUUAGUGUUUCUUUCGCGCUUCAUACCGGCCAGGCUAUCUACUUUCGGACUUGGUGGACCAUUCCCACUAUGGUUUUUGCCGGACUACUCGAGGUCUUGGGAUGGAGCGCGCGCUUGUGGUCAAGCAAAUCUCCUAGUCUUCUUUCUCCAUACGAGAUGCAACUCACCUGUACGAUCCUUGCUCCAACACCUCUCUUAGCUGGAAACUUCAUCAUCCUCGGCUCCAUGAUUCAACAACUAGGUCCAAAAUAUAGCCGAAUUCCCCCUUGGUGGUAUACAAUCAUUUUUUGUUCCUUCGAUCUCACCUCCUUACUAGCACAAGCUGUCGGAGGCGGUAUGGCGGCUACUGCUGUAGGCAAAGGGAAAGACCCUACACCUGGUGGACAUGUCAUGCUUGGCGGAAUUGUCUUUCAAAUGGCUACUAUCACGGUUUACAUACUCUUCGCUUCGGAGUUUUUUAUCCGGUAUUUCAACGAUAAGCCGUUGGAUCGCACCCAGAAGAGUCGAUGCUUCUUCAGGCUUGAUGAAAAGCCCAACCCGGAGGAAAGUUCUGUCGAGACGGCAUUCAACGAAGUUCAUCACAGGAACAGUGGCAACCGGGGUGCAAUGGACUUCGAGCUCGAGAUAAUGUCAGCUGCUUUGGUUUUCAGCACAAUCUGCAUCUUCAUCCGUGCUGUCUAUCGUACCAUUGAGCUCACUGAUGGCUGGAGUGGAAGAAUCAUUUCAACCCAACGAUACUUCAAUGUCCUCGACGGAGCAAUGAUUGUUAUCGCAAUGUACAUCAUGAACAUCGCUCAUCCUGCAUUGCUCUUGGAUACAAAUUUGAGCGAAUUUGCUGAUGUCAUAAGAUACCUCUGUGCUCGGAUUUUACAGUAG